AUGUCGUUCCAUAGGCUUCCAAACAAGGCCUACAGGGUCCACCCUUGUGACUUGCCAUGGGAACUUGAGCAUGCUCAUAGUGAAGCUGAAUGUUCUUCCAAAGGUAUUUGCUGGAACUGCAAAGAGCCUGGCCACAUGGCUAACAGCUGCCCAAAUGAAGGGAUAUGCCGUAACUGUGGCAAGUCCGGCCAUAUUGCAAAAGACUGCACUGCUCCACCAGUGCCGCCAGGAGAAGUGAUCCUUUGCAGCAACUGCUACAAACCAGGGCAUUUUCGUGAGGAAUGCACCAAUGAGAAGGCCUGCAACAAUUGCCGGCAGAGUGGCCAUAUUGCCCGUAACUGCACCAAUGAUCCUGUUUGCAACCUGUGCAAUGUUGCUGGCCAUCUGGCCCGUCAGUGUCCCAAGUCUGAUACAUUGGGUGAGAGGGGUGGGCCUCCUCCCUUCCGCGGUGUUGGCGCUCCCUUCUGUGGUGUUGGCGUUCCCUUCCGCGGUGGCUUCAGUGACGUGAUCUGCCGGGCCUGCAACCAGAUUGGCCAUAUGAGUCGUGACUGCAUGGCUGGUGCCUUCAUGAUCUGUCACAAUUGUGGUGGCCGUGGCCACAUGGCUUAUGAGUGUCCCUCUGUGAAUCUCAUGGACCGGUUCCCCCCUCGCCGUUUCUGA